GCCAAUCAAACUUCACCUUACUUGCUGGUGCUGGGGAAAACGGACCUGGAGGUCUUUGUCUGCAGUGUGUGGCUGCUGUUACCUGGACAGGGUUGCACACCUGCGGCUCUAUUUUUUCUCUGAGCGCUAAGGGACGAGCAGUUUGGCCUUUUCCACCGUUGGCUAGAUUUGCUUGUAUUGUUUCUAGCCACUGCUCAUGUAAUGCACUCCCUUAACCAGGAAAUUAAAGCGUUCUCCCGGAAUAAUCUCAGGAAGCAAUGUACCAGGGUGACAACGCUAACUGGAAGGAAAAUUAUAGAAACAUGGAAAGAUGCCAGAAUUCAUGUUGUGGAAGAAGUAGAGCCGAGCAGUGGGGGUAGUUGUGGUUAUGUGCAGGACCUUAGCUUGGACCUGCAUGUUGGUGUUAUUAAGCCUUGGUUGCUCCUUGGGUCACAAGAUGCUGCUCACGAUCUGGAUACUCUGAAAAAGCACAAGGUGACACAUAUUCUCAAUGUUGCAUAUGGAGUUGAAAAUACUUUCCUCAGUGACUUUAUAUAUAAGACUAUUUCUAUAUUGGAUCUGCCUGAAACCAAUAUCCUGUCUUAUUUUCCAGAAUGUUUUGAAUUUAUUGAACAAGCAAAAAUGAAGGAUGGCGUGGUUCUUGUUCAUUGUAAUGCAGGAGUUUCCAGGGCUGCUGCAAUUGUAAUAGGUUUCCUGAUGAAUUCUGAAGAAAUCUCGUUCAUCAGUGCUUUUUCUUUGGUGAAAAAUGCAAGGCCUUCCAUAUGUCCAAAUGCGGGCUUCAUGGAGCAGCUUCGUACAUACCAAGAGGGCAAGGAAAGCAAUGAGUGUGACAACAUACAGGAAUUAGAAAAGGGUGACAGUUCAUGAGUUACAU